AUCGCAGCAGAAUUCGCAACGUGCCAUAAUUUCCUCACCGGCGUGCAUGCGUGUGUGCGCGCGCGUUUGACCCCGGAAAUCAGAUGUCAUCGCUCGACGCGGCUAAUUUUAGAUGAUUAUUGCUUCUCCUUUGGUGUUUCUCUGUAUGGACAAUGCCAGCAGCGGCGGGGACCAGCCGCACCUCCUCUUCUACCACCGGAUCCGCGGCGCCGCUGCCGCCGCUGCCUGCUCCCUCUGAGGAAGCCUCCUAGGAUUGUCCGCUUCACGCUGUAGCUCGUAGGGACUGCAGUUGUGACUGAUCCGCCGCCUGAGCCUCCGCUGAUAGUAAAGGGAUAAAAUCUCUGUCUGUGACCUUUAGCAUGCAACAAGCUGAAAACUGUGCCAGGUGUGGGAAACUACCGCUGAGAGAAUCCAUCCAACAAAGCCAAGAUGAUGUGCGAAGUGAUGCCCACCAUCAGCGAGGACACGGCGCUGAGCCAGCGCGGCUCACAGAGCAGCGCCUCAGAUCCGGACUCCCACUUCGAGCAGCUGAUGGUCAACAUGCUGGACGAAAGGGACCGACUCCUGGAUACGCUGAGGGAGACCCAGGAGAGCCUGGGACUGGCUCAGCAGCAUCUGCAGGACGUGAUCUAUGACCGAGACUCCCUGCAGCGCCAGCUCAGCUCUGCCCUGCCACAGGAGUUUGCUGCGCUGACCAAGGAGCUGAACGCCUGCAGGGAGCAGCUGCUGGAGAAGGAGGAGGAGAUCUCUGAACUCAAAGCUGAGAGGAACAACACCAGGUUACUUCUGGAACAUCUGGAAUGCCUGGUGUCCAGACACGAGCGGUCACUUCGAAUGACGGUGGUCAAGCGUCAAGCUCAGUCCCCCUCAGGGGUCUCCAGUGAGGUUGAAGUCCUCAAAGCACUUAAGUCCCUGUUUGAACACCAUAAAGCACUCGACGAGAAGGUCAGGGAGAGACUACGAGUGUCACUGGAGAGAGUCUCUGCCUUGGAGGAGGAGCUCACAGCAACCAAUCAGGAGAUUGUGGCCUUACGAGAGCAAAAUGCUCACCUUCAGAGGAAAGUCGCGUCCGGUGAAGGAGGCGAUGACCUACUGGAGGGCAGUGAAGCGCAACAAAAGCUCCACGGCAAGCGUCUGUCCAACGGCUCUCUGGAGUCGGCCCGCGAGGCUAGCCAGGUGGUGGAGCUGCAGGAUCUGCUGGAGAAGCAGAAUUACGAGCUGGCCCAGAUGAAGGAGCGCAUGUCCUCUCUGUCCUCCAGGGUGUCCGAGGUGGAGCAGGAACUGGAAACUGCCCGCAAAGACCUCAUCAAGUCAGAGGAGAUGAACAACAAGUACCAGAGAGACAUCAAAGAAGUCAUGUGCCAGAAGGAGGACAUGGAGGAACGCAUCGUCACGCUGGAGAAGCGCUACCUGAGCGCGCAGCGAGAAGCCACGUCUGUGCACGACAUCAACGACAAGCUGGAGAAUGAGUUGGCCAAUAAAGAAGCAUUCCUUAGACAGAUGGAGGAGAAGAAUCGGCAGCUGCAGGAGAGGCUGGAGCUUGCAGAGCAGAAGCUGCAGCAGACCAUGAGGAAGGCGGAGACGCUGCCAGAGGUGGAGGCAGAACUUGCCCAGAGGAUAGCCGCCCUCACCAAGGCGGAGGAGCGUCACGGGAGCAUUGAGGAGCGAAUGAGGCACUUGGAGUGCCAGUUGGAGGAGAAAAACCAGGAGCUGCUCAGGGCACGACAAAGAGAAAAGAUGAACGAAGAGCACAACAAGCGACUUUCGGACACAGUGGAUCGACUCCUCACUGAAUCGAACGAGCGCCUGCAGCUUCACCUGAAGGAGAGAAUGGCAGCUCUGGAAGAGAAGAACAUGUUAAUUCAGGACUCGGAUGGAUACAGAAAACAGUAUGAAGAGUCUAUACAUGAAAAAUCUCAGCUGGCAGAGGAGAUUGAGAAGCUGAGAUUGGAGCUCGACCAAUACAGACUGAGGGCAGGCUCCCUCACAGAACCCACGCUGUCUCGGCCUCAUCUUGACACAUCAGCUGAGCUUCGUUUCUCGUUGGGAUCUCUGGCGGAAACCCAGUCGGACCAUUACCGCUCAGCCAAAGUCAUCCGCCGGCCGAGAAGGGGGCGAGUAGGUUUACGGGAAACAAAGGCAAAAUCGCUAGGGGAGCACGAAUGGCGCUCUCAGCAGCUUGGAGUUCUGGGAGGCCACCACUUUGAGAGCGACACCGAGAUGUCGGACAUCGACGACGACGACAGGGAGACGUUGUUUAGCUCCAUGGACCUUCUCUCCCCCAGCGGCCACUCCGAUGCACAAACUCUGGCCAUGAUGCUCCAAGAGCAGCUGGAUGCCAUCAACAAGGAGAUUCGGCUGAUCCAGGAAGAGAAGGAAUCAACAGAGCUGCGAGCGGAGGAGAUUGAGAACCGGGUGGCCAGCGUCAGCCUGGAAGGUCUUAACCUGGCUCGUAUGCACCACCAUGGAACCUCCAUCACUGCCUCCGCCACUGCCUCCUCCCUGGCCUCAUCUUCCCCACCCAGUGGCCACUCCACCCCUAAACUAGACCCCAGAAGCCCGGCACGGGACAUGGAGCGCAUGGGAGUGAUGACUCUGCCCAGUGAUUUGAGGAAACACAGGAGAAAGAUAGCAGCCGUGGAGGAGGAUGGCCGAGAGGACAAGGCCACCAUCAAAUGCGAGACGUCGCCUCCUCCGACGCCGCGCACUGUACGAAUGACGCACACACUGCCAGCCUCCUCGCACAACGAUGCACGAGGGAUUGUGGCUUCUCUGGAGGCUGAAGCCAGUGCCCUAAGUAGCGUAGCCAGCAGCCAAGACUCCCUGCACAAACAGCCGAAGAAGAAAGGGAUCAAAUCCUCCAUCGGACGCUUGUUCGGCAAAAAGGAAAAAGGCAGACUGGCACAUCUAGCACACAGACAGGUCAUGGUAGAUCCACAAGCCACAAUGAUGGACCUAGACGCGUCGGGCCAGGACAUGGGGAUGGGCAAGUUGGGAACUCAGGCUGAGAAGGACCGCAGAUUGAAAAAGAACGGGCACGAGCUUCUGGAGGAGGCAAGGAGGAAAGGACUACCGUUCGCGCAGUGGGACGGCCCCACAGUUGUAGCCUGGCUGGAGUUGUGGUUGGGAAUGCCAGCCUGGUACGUGGCGGCGUGCCGUGCCAACGUGAAGAGCGGCGCCAUCAUGUCGGCGCUUUCCGACACCGAGAUCCAGAGGGAGAUUGGAAUCAGUAACCCACUGCACAGGCUCAAACUUCGUCUGGCCAUCCAGGAGAUGGUCUCCCUCACCAGCCCCUCGGCCCCGCCCACCACCAGAACCCCGUCAGGCAACGUAUGGGUGACCCAUGAGGAGAUGGAGACCCUGGCAGCACCUUCCAAAACGAAGUCAGAUUCUGAAGAGGGGAGCUGGGCGCAGACCCUGGCUUAUGGGGACAUGAACCAUGAGUGGAUAGGAAACGAGUGGCUGCCCAGUCUCGGACUACCUCAGUACCGCAGCUACUUCAUGGAGUGCCUGGUGGACGCCCGCAUGUUGGACCACCUCACCAAGAAGGACCUGAGGGUGCACCUCAAAAUGGUGGACAGCUUCCACAGAACAAGUUUACAGUAUGGAAUCAUGUGUCUGAAGAAGCUCAACUAUGACAGAAAGGAGCUGGAGAGACGCAGGGAACAAAGUCAGCAUGAAAUAAGAGAUGUACUGGUGUGGAGUAACGAGCGGGUCAUCCGCUGGGUGCAGAGUAUAGGCCUGCGGGACUAUGCUAACAUCCUGCUUGAGAGCGGCGUGCAUGGAGCUCUGGUUGCCCUUGACGACAACUUUGACUACAGCAGCCUGGCUCUGCUUCUCCAGAUCCCCAACCAAAACACUCAGGCACGUCAGAUUUUGGAGCGAGAGUACAAUAAUCUGCUGGCUCUGGGCACUGACAGGAGACUGGAUGAGUGCGAUGACAAAGACUUCCGGGGUCCCUCCUGGCGGAGACAGUUUCCUCCGCGGGACGUCCACGGCAUCAGUAUGAUGCCUGGGUCAGCAGAAACGCUUCCAGCUGGGUUCCGUCUCACUGCGACGUCCGGUCAUUCCAGAAGACUGCCCCCUGAUGUACUCUUUGAGGUGCUGGAUGACAGUCCUGACGACAUGUAUUUGGACUGGUUUCAAGUCGGACCGUCUGCGGUGCAGCGGCUGGACAGCUCAACGGUGAGAACCUACUCCUGCUGAGAGGAGGAAGCGGGGGACCUUAAACUGUACGCUCUACAGUUCUGAACCAACAGGCCGAUCUGCCGAGAAACAAUCCGAUGACACACACUGCCAAGAAGCCCUGCUCUCCUCUGUGACCCUGUCCUCCAUGACUUGUAACGCAGGCGCCCGACGCCGGUGCUAAACUGUCCUGCAGGAUGCCUCGUCACCAUUUCUACCUUUUACAUGUAAAGUAACUUGUCAAAGCAUAAUGUACUGUGUAUUUCUUCUACAGGAGAUGUGUAGGUUAUCUGUAAAUUAUAAAUAUGCCAUUUUUAUUAUAUAUAUAUACACAAAACAUCUAUGUAUAAAAAAAAAGAUAUUAAGGGUUUGUGCAAAAAAAAUGUCCCUGCCACCUCAUUUAGUGGACCAUAGAUGAAUAUAUGCUGCUCUUUAAACUCUCCAUUAGACCCUUGUUCCUCUAGAUCAUUUUGUACAUAUGGUUUUAUUUUUUCAUUGUGCUAAUGAAAAUGUACGAUUAACCUGUGCUGGAACAUAGAAGGGAAGAAACUCGAUGUUGUGCCAAGCUGCCCUCUAGUGGUGGGCUACUCUAACAACAUGGGAUGGAGCUUUUCAGGAGGAUUUGUCGGCACACUGGAACAACAGAAGCAUCUUCAUACAUCCGCAUCAACUCAGACUAUUUAGAAGCCAAGGACAAAACAAGACGCUCUCUGAAGGUGCACAACUUCCACUCGGAGAGCAUAAAAGCAUCCCAGACGUCACUUGUUACUGUAUGUUUCGUCAGGCAGCACAUCAACACACUUACAGCCGAGCUGGCCUUUCUACCCUGCCCCUCCUGUUAACAGAACAGAUGAAUUAACUGAAAGACGGACUGCUUUAGCUCAGUGUGUGUAGAGUGUUUAUGACCAUGUUGAAGUGAGGUGACUUAACGAUUAAAAGAAAAAAAACCUGUUGCUUGCUGUGACUUCCAUUUGGGUGUAAAUGUUCUCCGUUUCAGUCAGUUGUCAGGGGAACCUAUUGUACAGCCCUGUUUGUCUUUGCGUUAUUUCGGACGGACAGCAAACGUCUUACUUGUUUUCACAUUUGCACGAAUGAGGAUUCAUUUUGUUUCCAAUUUUUCUGUUUUAAUUUAUUAGUUCUUGUACUUCGGUCAAAACUAAGUGGCGAGCAAACAAGUUUUCAUUGUCAAUAAAAAAACGGUUAGUGA